CAUCACUCUAGUCUUUUGCCACAUUUGUUGGCUUCACCGAGCUCAACGCCACAUGAACUACUAACAGCAGCAGCACCGGCGAGGAGGGGAUGAUGAAAGGUAGAAGACUUCACCGCCAGCGGACCGCAAGGGACACACCGCAGCUCCAAAGCACUGCAUCCUGGGAGCUGUAGUCUCCCGGGGAGGCCUGUUCUGGUAGGACCGGGGCCCCCGCGGCAUGCUGGGAGUUGGAGUCGAGGGCUGUUGAGACUGCACCUCUGCGCUUAUAGUAGCGAGGGGAAUUCUCGCUGCAUGCUGGGAACUGUAGUCUUCCUGGGGCCCCGUUCUUCCUGGACGCUGAGUCGCCGAAGCUGCCGCCAUUUUAGGUCCCGAGGUGCGGCGGCCGAGAACCAGGGCGCAGGCGGGCUGAGCCCGGGCGCCGGGCCGGCCCCGCCCCCGGGGCGCCUGGCGCCCGCCCCUUGCUCAAGCCCCGCCUUUCCCCACGUGUCUGCCGCUUAGGGGAGGUGCCUCAGCCACAGCGGGCCGCCAACGGUCCGGCCCCGUCCGCACAGAGGCUCCUGUCGGCGGCGCCCGGGAGCGGCUCGGCUGCCAGAUGCUUCCGCCCCGGCUGCCGCGGGCCGGGCUGUACGCUUAGUGCCCGGCUCAGGCCCCCAGGAGCGCCCGCGGGGGUGAGAGCGGCCUCGGGCCCCGCGGAGACGGAGCGGCUUGAGGACGAGGCGGCGGCCGCGGGGAGGAGGAUGGGGGCUAACCAGUUAGUGGUGCUCAACGUGUACGACAUGUAUUGGAUGAACGAAUAUACCUCAUCCAUUGGAAUUGGAGUUUUUCAUUCAGGAAUUGAAGUAUAUGGCAGAGAAUUUGCUUAUGGUGGCCAUCCUUACCCCUUUUCUGGAAUAUUUGAAAUUUCCCCAGGAAAUGCUUCUGAACUAGGAGAAACAUUUAAAUUUAAAGAAGCUGUCGUUUUAGGGAGCACGGACUUCCUAGAGGAUGAUAUAGAAAAAAUUGUAGAAGAACUGGGCAAAGAAUACAAAGGCAAUGCUUAUCAUUUAAUGCAUAAAAACUGCAAUCAUUUCUCUUCAGCUUUAUCAGAGCCUCGGCACUCCAGUUAUACUUUCUCUUGCGUUUGGCGGGGUGGCCACAUUUGCCACGGGUCCACGUCUGAAGGUGGUAGGCCUCAGAGCCACAGCGGUGGCACAGUGUGUGCAUCUUACCGUGACGCUUUCCAAAUGAUGACUUUUUCUUCGUCUUCUCGCUUCUGUGGCCAAGACUAGAGAGAUUCAUAAAGUAUUAUUGGAACACAGCUAUGCUUAUUUGUUUACCUGUUUUCUUGACUGCUUUCCGGCUGUAGUGGUAGAGUUGAGUAGUUGCAGCAAAGAACUUAUGGACUACAAGGCCCAAAACAUUUCUGUUUGGCCCUUAACAGAAAAGUGUGCCACUUCUGCUCUACAAGAUAGGUCCAUUCAAAUUGGUUGCUAAUUGGCUUAAACACUGGGGAAAACAUUAUCUUACAAAACAAAUCCGGAAUAUAAGGCAGGCUCCAUUCCAAUUUGGUCAGUGUCUCAACUGUGAGUGUCACAGGGAUGUAAGGUCUUUUUUGAUUGCUCUAAGUUGCCAUCUUCGGGAUGUUGUCUCAGCCCGCGGCCCAGCUCCCUGUAUGUAUGGAUUUCAGAUAGCUGUAACGGUUUUAGCACAACAUCCAGAGGAAGACUGUCUUUCUUCCUUUGGUUCUCUCAGAAACUGAAUCUUUCUGGGAACCCCCUUUUCCCUACCCUUCCAAAAGCAGCCAUGUUCUACAGCCGGAAUUGUGUUCAAUGCCUAAUUGUAAACCAGUCACUAGCAAAAGGACUGGCAUUACCAUUACUAAUGCCACUCAUCUAAUCCAAAGGUAUUUUAAAAAUUAAUAUUUUUAGUAGAAAACAUAAAAGUAGAGAGAUACCCCAGCCCCAAAUUGUUUUUAAAUAAAUCCCAGAUUUCAUCUAGAGACAGGGUCUUGCUGUUGCCCAGGCUGGAGUGUAACUUGGAACUGUAACUUGGAACUCAGGUUCAAGUGAUCCUUCUGCCUCCGCCUUACAAGUUGCUGGAGCUGCAGACACACGCCACUAUGUACAGCUAAUUUGUGUAUCUUUUGUGAAGGUGGGGUUGCACUGUAUUGCCCAGGCUGGUCUGGAACUCGUGGACUCAAGCAAUCCUCUUGCUUCAGCCUCCCAAAGUCCUGGGAUUACCUGCAUGAGCCACCACACCCGGCCUAAUUUCAAUUGUAUUUCACUCUAACUCUAAAAGAUAAAUAUUCUUUUUAACAUAACCACAAUAUGUUAUUGCUCCUAAACAAAUUAACAUGACUUCUUAUCCAAAUGUACAAUGUUCAGAUUUUCCGAAUUGCCUUAAUUUUUUUUUUUUUUUUUUUUUUUUGAGACAGUCUUGCUCUGUCACCAGGUGCCAGGCUGGAGUGCAGUGGCACGAUCUUGGCUCACUGCAACCUCCGCCUCCCAGGUUCAAGCAAUUCUCCUGCCUCAGCCUCCUGAGUAGCUGGGACUACAGGCGCGUGCCACCACACCCAGCUAAUUUUUUUAUUUUUUUAGUAGAGACAGGGUUUCACCAUAUUGGCCAGGAUGGUUUUGAUCUCUUGACCUCAUGAUCCGCCUGGCCCGAUUGUCUUAAUUUUUUUUAACAGUUAGUUUGAAUCUGAAUCUAAACAAAGUUCAUACAGCUGGUCACCCUGAGUUACAUUUCCCCAUAGAAAAGGCAGGAUAGCUGGGCACCGUGGCUCAUACCUAUUAAUCCCAGCACUUUGGGAUUAUAGGCUGAGGUAGGUCGGUCUUGAGCGCACAAGUUCAAGACCAGCUUGGGCAACAUGGCAAAACCCUAUCCCUACAAAAAAUUGCCAAAAUUACCCAGGUGUGGUGGUGCGCACCAAUAGUCCCAGCUACUCGGGAGGCUGAGAUGGGAGAAUGGCUUGAGCCCAGAAGGCAGAGGUUGCAGUAAACCAAGAUGGCACCAUUCCACUCCAGCCUAGGUGGACAGGGAAAAAUAGAUGCUUUUUUUUCCCCUUUACUUGUUUUUAAAAACAAGUUGGUUCCUAUACAGAAGAGUUAACUAUCAUUGCAGGCCUAAAACUGCUGUCCUUAGAAAGGCCUGCCCACAGGAUUGGCCCUAAGCUGGCAUCCGGGAACUUGGACUUCUCUAAGGUGCUCACCAUUCCUACAACUGAUAAGGGUGGCUCCCUUUGCCUAACCUGUUUGUACAACUAAUUUGGUUUAUGCUAAAAACCUGCUUUCCCUCUGGGACUCUGGGAUUUGGGCAGAGGACACCUGCAUGACCAGCCCCAAAUAAGUCUUGGGUACUGCAGUGAACUCCCCUGGUAGAUAUUUCACAUGUGUUGUCACACCUCAUUGCUAGGGGAAUUAAGCAUGCACAUCCUACCUGACUCUGCUAGGAGAAGAUCCUUCAAGCUUGUGCCUGGUUUCCUCUGGACUUUGCCCCACGUCUAUUUUCCCUUUGCUGAUUUUGUUUUAUAUCUCUUUGUUUUAGUAAGUCAUAGUCAUGCGCAUGCUAUGCUGAUUCCUGAGUCCUAGCAAAUCACCAAGCCUGGGGGUGGUUGUGGAGACCUUUUACUCACAGAAAUAUAACAAAAGGACUGGCCAGGCGUGGUGGCUCACACCUGUAAUCCCAGCACUUUGGGAGGCUGACGCAGCCAGAUCACUUGAGAUCAGGAGUUCCAGACCAGCCUAGCCAACAUGGUGAAACCCCGUCUCUAAAAAAAAAGUAUAAAAAAUUACCCUGGUGUAGUGGUGUGCGCCUGUAAUUCUAGCUACUCAGGAGGCUGAGGCAGGAGAAUCGCUUGAACCUGGAAGCAGAGGUUGCAGUGAGCCAAGAUCACAUCACUGCACUCCAGCCUGGGUGACAGAGUGAGACUCUUCUCAAAAAAAAAAAAAAAAAAGGACUGAGAAAAGAAAGGAUGAAGUGGAUGGAGGUAUGGAAAACCUUUGGGGUGGCUGUUAAGUUAUCCAUGAUAUGAAUAGCAGCUGAGCUGUUGCCUGUUAUGGAAGGUAAAAGUUACCUGUUGAGGCCGGGCGCGGUGGCUCACGCCUAUAAUCCCAGCACUUUGGGAGGCCGAGGCGGGCGGAUCACGAGGUCAAGAGAUCGAGACCAUCCUGGUCAACAUGGUGAAACCCUGUCUCUACUAAAAAUACAAAAAUUACCUGGGCAUGGUGGUGCAUGCCUGUAGUCCCAGUUACUCGGGAGGCUGAGGCAGGAGAAUUGCCUGAACCCAGGAGGCGGAGGUUGCGGUAAGCCGAGAUCGCGCCAUUGCACUCCAGCCUGGGUAACAACAGGGAAACUCCAUCUCAAAAAAUAAAAAGUUACCUGUUGAAUUUGAAAUGAGAUUCAACUCCAGGAGAACUGACUCAGUAGAUCAUCUGGCUACUUUUGGGCAAGCUGGUUAAAGUGAGGGGAAAAAAAGAAGUACAGCCCAGGUAUUACCUUCAGUUGUUCUAUCCUCCAGGAAGAAAGAAAAAAGGCCCCAAAAUUCCCAAAGAUGAGCUUUGCUUGGGCCAAAAAUGUUAAACAUGUAUGGUGCUCUUUCCUCACAAGAGCAAAAAAAGGUUGAAUCAGUUCUCAGGGCUGGAGCAAAGUAAAAAAGGGCAGGGGACAUACUCCAGUUGUUAGCCUACCUGCACGCCUUCACCCCCAUUCCAAUGAGGGUCUCCCCCAUCAACUGUAAUAUAAAGCCUUUUGCUAAAUUUACUGCAAGGGGUUAAAUACAUCUGCAGUGGGGGGGCAGGGAAGGUGCGGUGGUUAAUGACCUUGUAUUUUGCAGUUAAUACACCUAUGGAUAUAUGAUAGAAAUUGAUGUAAAAUGUUUUAUGGUUGUAAUGUCACAGGUGCUAGAGGGGUUAUCUCAGUAGGCAGUAUUGCAAAGAAAAAGUGUUAGUGGGAAACACUUCCUUGCUUUCUGCUGCUGUAGGAUAGAUGGAAGUUUAAAUCCUUUGUUGAAAACAAAAUGUCUCACAGCUGAUGAUAUUUACUAUGAUUUUUGCCCAUUGGAGCCUCUGGAAAAAGGAGCACUUUUAAAAGUUUUUAAAGCAGUUUUUUAAAUUGUAAGUGAGCUCAUAUAAAAAUCAGAUGUCUGACCCUAGAGGCUGGUGAUUCUCUAGCCUGAUGUGCAUAAAUUUGAGUGGGUCUUAGAAAGCACUUGGGAAAGCUUUGGGUUUUGCUUGGCCUUGGAAACAUGCUGGCCCUUCAGCAUCUCCGCUUAACUGCUGCCAAAGAAAAGUAUCUGGCACAUCUUGGAAUCCUGAAUUCAUAGAUCCUAAUUGCUUGGACUCGACACUUGAGCUAAAACUUGACAUUAUCUGCUAUACACUAUUUCAGCCGAAGCACAAGCUGUGUUAAACUGAAAGAGAUGCAGGCUCAGGGAACAAGACUUGGAUCAAGGCAGAUUUAGGAUACCUGUCUGUGGGGCUCAACACUAUAAAAACAUGGAUGUUGACGGAACCAUGUGGAUUAUCACAGGUAUCCAUGGAAAGUGCUUCUCUGGUGGGACCAUAUGAAGUCCAACUGCUGAUCUGUUCUGUAUUUCUGAUACAGGGACUGAUUGCAUUCCUAACUUGUGAUUAUUGACAAACGCUACAUGUUGAGAGGAAAGCAUUAUCACUAGGACUGUGACCCCUGUGUCUACCCAUCUUACUCUCCACCUCUCCGGGAAGUUUCACUGUGUUUUCUUGGGACUUCCUGGAGUAGCUGCAGUUUGCAACAGUGGACUUACAGUCUGCCUCUACUCCACUACCUUUCUACUGGUGCACACACCUUAGUAAGGCAGUUUGAUUACUAAACGCAACUGCCUCCAGAAAUGGAAUGAUGCUAUAGGCCACUUACUAAAGGAAUGAUCAGGACAAAAGGGGUGAGUGGCUCUAAAACCAUUUUGAAAUAUUUUGAAAAUUCAGGAUUUAAUUCUGACCAGUCCCUAAAAUGGCAUGUCUUUCUGGUUAAGUUACAUAAAAAUAUUUUCCUGUGAUGAAAACUUUUGUCCCUCUUUAAUACAUCCCUUCCAGACAAUAGGUCUGACUGAGGGUAGAGGAGAAUUUUUUAAAUGUGAAGCUAUGAGCUGGGUGUGGUGGCUCACGCCUGUAAUCCAAGCACUUUGGAGGCCAAGGCGGGCGGAUCACCUGAGGUUGGGUGUUCAAGACCAGCCUGACCAGCAUGAUGAAACCCCGUAUUUAGGCCGGGCGCGGUGGCUCAUACCUGUAGUCCCAGCACUUUGGGAGGCCGAGGCGGGUGGAUCACGAGGUCAAGAGAUCAAGACCGUCCUUGUCAACAAGGUGAAACCCUGUCUCUACUAAAAAUACAAAACUUAGCUGGGCAUGGUGGUGCGUGCCUGUAGUCCCAGCUACUUGGGAGGCUGAGGCAGGAGAAUUGCUUGAACCCAGAAGGCAGAGGUUGCGGUAAGCCGAGAUUGUGCCAUUGCACUCCAGUCUGGGUAACAACAGCGAAACUCCAUCUCAAAAAAAAAAGAAACCCUGUAUUAAAAAAAACAAAAUGUGAAGCUAUGACUGCUAAACGGAACAUACUGAUUUGUAACACCACAAAACAAACCGUGACACCUAGGGAAUCAAAGGAGGCAAAGAUUGAUCAUCUUUGUCUUUCAAUACUUUUCUCCUCUUCCUAAAGAAAAUCUUCACAUGCUACAUUUUUUUUUUUUUUAAAGGCAAUCAGUUAUUUAAUUAGAUUAUUAGGACAUUUAAAACACCAAUUUGUGAGGAUAAAUUCCAUUUGUCAGGGCAAACACAGAUCGCAGGUAGCCCUGGAGCUGAGGAAUAGCUUUGAUUUUUGGUAGAACUUGUGAGUCCACAGCUUUCUGAUCAAUCUUGCGCUGCUCUGUUAUCUCGUAUUUCUCUUUUUCUGUGUCGAAGAUCUCACCUUCCUGGUGUCUGGGCUUCCGCAGCUUCUUCUUAAAAUAAGCAUCAGUAAGAUGUUUUGGGAUUUUUACAUUGCUGAUAUCAAUUUUGGUUGAGGUGGCAAUGACAAAUUUCUGGUGCGUUCUUCGCAGAGGAACUCGAUUGAGGACCAGAGGUCCAGUCACAAGUAACAAGCCACUAGCCAGCUGCUUCAGGAAAACCACCCUCUUGCCCCUGUGGCGACCAGUGAGGAUGAUCAGAAUGGUACCGGGGGUAAUGCUGGCUCGCAGUUUUCUCACGUGCUGACUAAAGGGUUUUUUGCCGUGGCUCAACAGCUUUCGAGGCACAUCUUCAGUAGGAUAAUACCUAGGCAUUUUGCGAAGUUUAACCACCCGGGUGCCGCCGUUUUUGUCACCACCAACUGGUUUUGUAACAGUUGCAAGAACCUUCUCUUUCUUUUUCUUUUCAACCUUGGAUUUAGCCGCUGAGUACUUCCUCUUGUACAAGGCUUUUCUGGAAUACAUGGCA